AUGAUGACGAAGAACAACGCUACCAAUGGGAGUCGCAGCUCUUCUAGUAGUACCGGUAGUAUUGCUGGUUUUAGCCGCAAGCAGGUGUUUGGUCUGACGGUAGCUGCCGUGUUCUGCAUGGCUGUUGGAUCCUUCAUUACUGAAGUGCUGCACCAAAAAGAGCUCAAGUUUUUUGUCGCUGAUCCUUCACUCCCGAGGCAAGACACGGAAGUUGCCGUUGUUACUACCGGUAGUACCAAUAAUUCUACUACUAGUAGCACGGUUCCAACGAAACAAACAUCCAAAAAGACCAGCACUUCCUCAAGCACAAAGAAGACUGAGACUACUUCUGUUACUGGUAGUGGUGAUAACACUGAUAAUGAGGAUCCAAAGACAGACACGCUACAACAGCCACUCACUACUACUAAUAAAAACCUGAUGAAUCAGACCAAAUUCCAACAAUGGGCAAAAAUCAAACGCAAAUCACUUUCCUUGGUCACCAGCGUUUGGGCACUACCAGAGGAAGAGGAAGAAGAUCUUCAACGAUCCGAAGUUUUAGCGUCCAUUGCCAACAACCUCUACAAUCCACAUUUUGAUCAUGUAAUUGUCAUUCUCGAUUCUGUCACCAAGCAGUCCAAUUGCACCCAUUUUCAAAAACGAAUGAAACAACUUCAAAUGAAAUUCCGAUUCUGGACCACCUCCAAUAACAUGCGAGGACUAUUGCCCAAAAACUCCAUUACCCGGCACAAACUCAUUUGCAUCGAUCGAAAGAAACCACAACCCAACUAUUAUGAAAUGUUCACCUAUGCCACCAACCCCAAAAUUGUCAAGAGUGAAGUGGUCGUCCUGGCCAAUGCCGAUCAAGCAUUUGAUGAUACCGUUCAAUGGGCCACACUCAUCAAGAGUCGAACACUCCUUACCAUUCCCACACAGGGAUACCAACCACAUCGAGCACCGACACGAAUUCGAGCCUUUUUCCAAUUUGCCCAUGGUCCCGCCGCAAAAGGAGCAUCGGCAUCCACCACUCAAUCUUCCUUGCCCAACAAUACACACUUGUUUCCAUGGUGCCAAAAUGGACAAGGCCAACCAACAUCCUGGGAUGGCUACGUCUUUACACGGACAUUGAUUGCUGGCAAACUCCAGCCCGAUGCCUUUCGACGCGGCGUCUUGACAUCGGCGCACGGACGUCCCAAUGGAACUGCCUUUUUCCCCAUGAACGAAAUGGGGGCCGAAAAUGCCGCCCUGCAUGCAUUGUUAUCGGCCAGUAAUCUGUACCGUGUUCACGAUGCCAAUGGCUGUUCCGUGAUUCAUAGCUGGCAUAUUCACGCCGGAUCCGCAUCCACCAAACAAAAGGAUUCGUCGAGUAGUCCAACAACGAAAAAGAAAAACAAGAAGCAAAAGCUCUUUUGGAAUUGGAAACAUCCCAACGAUCCCAAUGUUGGUACUACUACUAGUAGUGGUACUGGCAGCGCCAAGAAGAAGGACAAGAACAAGCACUGGCAAGUGCCAACGCCCUGGCGCGAACCGCUCAAAGAGGUCGAUGACGCGUUUCUGAAACGGCCGUCGAGAGUGGAACCAAUCUACCAAAACCAAUAG